GGCAGUUCUUCCGGUUCGAUCGAGCCAUGGCUUUCUCUUGUCCAACAUUUACCGACAAAUAAUCUCUCUAUCUCUCUCUCACACUUCCGCCAUAGCCAAAGCCUAAAGCAGCUCCGAAAUGGAUCAGGACGCGGCCCCUCGCCGGGCCCGCAAAGUCCCUCCGAGGCCCGAGCUCUACUCCACUGUAGUCAUCCACGACGACGACGAAGAAGACGGUGAACAACAAGAAAGAUUCAACCCCAAGACCAAGACCAAGACCAAGACCUCCGACCAAGACCAGGACCUCUACGCCACAAUGGUUUACAAAGGCGACGACGGCGACGAGGAAGACGACGACGCCUCUCUCCCUCCUCUCCUCAAGCGCCUCCCCAAGGACUUCGGCGGCGGAGCUUCCAUCGAUUACUUCGACUACGAAGACGACGACGACGACGGAGGGAACGAUUUUGGAACUAUGAUCGUCAAGACCGAUCGCAGUCGCCCUCGGAGCCGGUCGACCUCCACGUCCUCGUACUCCUCCGCGAGGAGAGGGCCUGCUCCUCCGCCGCCGGCGCCGGCGCAUCUCCCUCGCGGCUCGCCGUUCGCCGACGCGAGGCGAGGGAACACGAUUAAGAGGGCGGUUGAUGAGGAGGAGAAGGAGGAGGAAGAGGACGGCGAUGGAUUCUCGACGUUUGUGGUGCGGUCGGGGGAGAGGGAGUCGGUGAGCGGGACGGUGGUGAGGAGGACCGGCGGCGGCGACGUGGGAUCGACGAUGAGUAGGGCUGUGGCGAGCAUGCAGGCGGUGGGAGAUUUAGGGUUUGGGAAGCAGAGGAAAGGGAGCGGAUCGUCGCAGGGGGAAGAGGCUCGGCAGUUGGCCAAAAUGUCGUGCAGUUCGAUUCCCGAGAGCGUUACCAGGGAAGAUCCGACCACUAAGUACGAAUUGCUCAACGAGCUUGGGAAAGGGUCUUAUGGUGCAGUUUACAAGGCCAGAGAUUUAAAAACCUCGGAGUUGGUUGCUAUCAAAGUCAUAUCAUUGACUGAGGGGGAGGAGGGAUAUGAAGAAAUCCGGGGAGAGAUAGAGAUGUUGCAGCAAUGUAGUCAUCCGAAUGUUGUUCGGUACCUUGGGAGUUACCAAGGAGAAGAGUAUCUUUGGAUAGUAAUGGAGUACUGUGGGGGUGGAAGUGUUGCCGACUUGAUGAAUGUUACUGAGGAGCCUUUGGAGGAGUAUCAAAUAGCAUUUAUUUGUAGAGAAGCGUUAAAGGGGCUUGCUUAUUUGCACUCGAUUUUCAAGGUGCAUAGAGAUAUCAAAGGUGGUAACAUUUUGUUAACUGAACAAGGGGACGUCAAGUUGGGUGAUUUUGGGGUUGCCGCACAACUUACGAGGACCAUGUCAAAGCGCAACACGUUCAUCGGUACCCCACAUUGGAUGGCUCCAGAAGUUAUUCAGGAAAGUCGUUAUGACGGAAAGGUCGAUGUAUGGGCUCUUGGUGUGUCUGCAAUUGAAAUGGCAGAGGGGCUCCCUCCAAGAUCUGCAGUGCACCCAAUGAGGGUUUUGUUCAUGAUAUCAAUUGAGCCAGCUCCGAUGCUUGAGGAUAAAGAAAAAUGGUCUCUUGUGUUUCAUGAUUUUGUAGCAAAGUGUUUAACUAAAGAACCACGUUUACGUCCCACUGCAUCCGAGAUGCUGAAGCAUAAAUUCAUUGAAAAAUGCAAAUAUGGGCCAUCUGCAAUGUUGCCAAAGAUUGAAAAGGCCAGACAAUAUAGGGCUUCACUGGCUUUACAAGCGCAAAGUGUUGCUCCAGCUGUGCCAGGAGAUGGUACACUGGUAGCUUCUAAAGUGAACGAUGAUUAUGGAGAUACUGUUCCAUCGAAACCUCAAAAUGUUGGUCAGGUGGCAAAUGAGGGUCCCACAUCCAACACCUUAAGUAAGCAGCAAGUGUCAGAUGGCAUGGAACUGGGUGCAGAAGGUGUUUUUGGCACAGUUGUAAUUCAUCAUGGAGAUGAAAUUGACGAGGCAGCCACUGUUUCACAAGUCUCCACCGUUAAAGAACCUUCACCUGCUGCAGGAAGUUUUGAAAGCCCUUCUGUCAGUAAAUCACAUCAACCCAGUGUGGAAAUUUCAGGACGUGUUUCUGAAAAUAAUAAUUCAAUUGGAGGUUCACAUCCUACCCAGACAAUACAGGAAUCUUCUCCAUCACUUAUAGGUUAUUCUGGCCAGGACUUCAAGACAAAAAGCUCUUCUCGUUCUCAGGUUGAAGUUGGAAGUAGCAUGACUCUGAAGAGCGAAACUGUCAGCCGAAAAGCUUUUGCAUUGCAAGAUAAGCUUUUCUCCAUUUAUGCUGCUGGUAAUACAGUGCCUAUCCCAUUUUUGAGGGCAACGGAUAUAUCUCCUAUUGCCCUCUUAUCAGACAAUGUUCUUGGAGGAUCACAGUGGGAUAGUGGUGGAACCAUAGCGGUGGAAGCACUUCAGGAGCUUUUUACUGGUGAUCCACAGUCCAAAAAGGGUAGAAGAGGGCAAAAUGAGAUGCCUCUUCCCCCAAGUAUUUAUCAAAGGCUCACUUCAAGUUCAACACUGCUGAAUCUGGCGCAGGCUCUCGCAUACCACAAAACCUGCUAUGAAGACAUGCCACUUCAGGAAUUGCAAGCGACUCAAGAGCAACAGACUAUUCAAAACCUAUCCUAUGCAACUCUUUACCCUUGCAAUGUUUCCAUUGGAGCUGGGGAUAGCGGCAUUGGGUAUUUUAUUCUGGGCAGCUUCUCUCCAUGUAUAUUUUGUUUACUUUUUGUUUUUUUGCUUUUAUCUUAUUCUAUGUUGAUUAAUAUGCAAAGUUUUUUUUUUCCUCUUAGUUUUUCCUCUUUUGGGUAUUAAUACUUCGAUAUAAACAGUUUAAUAUGCAUUGU